AUGAUUUAUUUCUCUGUUAGAUCUUGUUUGAUCUCUUUUUUUGUGCUUGUAUUCCUUUUAUUUGUUGGGUCAUCCAAUAAAGUUGUGGAAGUGAAUGCCAUUUGCAAACAAGCAAAAAACCCUUCAUUUUGUUUAAGUCUUUUAAACUCAAAGCCUGGUGGAGCAACUCAUGCAACUCUCAUUGACCUUGCUCAGUAUACCAUUGGUGUACUUCGUGCCAAUGUCACCAUCACAAUUAAAUAUAUCAAUUUGCUGAUUGCACAUAGUGGUACUGAUCGUAAGGCAAUAAACCAUUACAAAUCAUGUUUAACACAUUUCAGUUACAAUGAGGGCGCUCUCGGUGAUGUUGAAAACACUCAAAAAUGUUUAAGGUCAGGAGAUUACAAUGGCGUGAAUGUGGCUGCAAGUGCUGUGAUGACAGAUGUUGAAGAUUGUAUUUCGGGGGAGUCACCAUCUAAUCCUUCUUAUCACGAUCCGUCGAUGCUCCCUAAAUAUGCUGAUGUUGUCAAGCAGAUUGCUCAAAUAAUUCUUAUUUUGUCAAAUUUUCUAAUUCGUAAUUAG